UGCGCAUGUCUUUGACUGCGCGUAGGCCUGGCUUUAAAUGUUUUCAUUCUAUUCGCAACCGAUGUCGCGCUCUUGUCGCCGCCGAUCGAAGGUAAAAGAAAAAGAAAAGAGGUACGAAGUCUAAACUGCGAUUGCCUAUAGCGUUACGAGCUCGAACUUAACACGCACUUUGAAAGUGUGCUGAUUUUGCGGUGAUCAGGAGGACUCCGGAGGAGCUUCCCUUACGCAUCGCGUGCCACUAGGCCCGAUGACCCACAUUCGCGCGACCGCUCGAGGAAGUGCGCGUAUGAAAUUCAGCAUUGUAUUUUCACACUACAUUAUAAUUGCACCGUGAUUAUUCAUCGCAGCGCUGCAUGGUGAUCUCGAGACCGAAGUAGCUUAGAUCUGAGCAGGCACCUGUGUGGAUUUGCGAGGGUGUUUUUCAGUAGACUUUCACAUUGGCAGGCCCUCAUCUUCACUGUCUUCCCAAUGCGUCAGGGUGUUUUUAAUCCCAGACUGAUCCAUGAGACGGCGUUAUCAUGAGUUCCAGAGACCGUAUGGAUUAUUUUCUCAUCCAAUUUAAGGAGACAUGGUCUCCCUUGCCUCCUUGGAGGAAACAUCCCUGAUAGGGAUGAUGGCAGUGUUUUUGAUGGGCUGAUGGAUGAUGAUGAGAAAGAUAAGGCGAAACGAGUUUCGAGAAAUAAGUCAGAGAAGAAAAGGCGAGACCAGUUCAAUGUCCUCAUUAAAGAACUGGGCACCAUGUUGCCUGGAAUCACACGCAAGAUGGACAAAUCUACAAUAUUGCAGAAAAGCAUAGACUACCUGUGCAAGCAAAAAGAAAAUGCUGCCCAAUCUGAGUCGAGUGAGAUCAAGCAGGAUUGGAAACCCCCAUUUCUUAGCAAUGAGGAGUUUACACAGCUGAUGCUGGAGGCGCUGGAUGGAUUUUUCCUAGUGAUGCUGACAGACGGCAACAUAAUUUACGUCUCAGAAGGCGUAACCUCUCUGCUUGAGCAUCUGCCUUCGGACCUGGUGGAUCAGAACCUUUUGAACUUUCUUCCAGUGGGGGAGCAUGAAGAAGUGUAUAAAGCGCUAGCAUCACACCCAGACCUUGAGAAACUCAACUCUGAUUACCACAAGUCCAAGAACCAGAUGGAGUUUUGUUGUCACAUCCUCAGAGGAUCUGUGGAUCCCACGAAACCGCCUGUAUAUGAAUACGUCAAGUUUAUUGGCAACUUUAAGUCACUUGCCAACAUGCCUAAUGCAACCCGGAAUGGCCUUGAGGGGGUUUUGCAGCGUUCUUUGCAGCCGGCCUUCGAUGAUCCAGCCUGUUUUAUUGCUACUGUGAGGCUCGCCAAACCCCAAUUCAUCAAAGAGAUGUGCAUGGUGGAGGAGCCCUAUGAGGAAUUCACAUCUCGACACAGUCUGGAGUGGAAAUUCCUCCUAUUAGAUCACAGAGCACCACCUAUCAUUGGCUAUAUGCCAUUUGAGGUGUUGGGAACGUCAGGCUACGACUAUUAUCAUGUAGACGACCUGCAUUCGCUGGCCAAAUGCCAUGAGCAUUUAAUGCAAUUUGGAAAAGGGAAAUCGUGCUAUUAUCGCUUUUUAACUAAAGGGCAGCAAUGGAUUUGGCUCCAGACUAACUACUACAUCACAUAUCACCAGUGGAAUUCACGACCAGAGUUCAUUGUGUGCACGCAUACUGUUGUGAGUUAUGCCGAGGUGCGAGCGGAGCGGAGAAGAGAGAUGGGAAUAGAGGAGUCUCCCCCUGAGCUGACUGGAGACAAGAUUUCUGGACGUGAAUCGCAGUUGAACACCUCCAGUCUGAAGGAGGUGUUGGAGCGUUUCAGUAACAGCCGCACACCCUCCACCUCCUCAAGGAGCUCCCGCAAGUCCUCACACACUGCAGUCUCUGACAACACCUGCACAUCAACUCCCUCUAAGCUACAGACUGAUGUGAGCACUCCACCCCAGCCCGCUGUUGAUAUGACACCCCAACGUCGUUCCCCUUUCAGCACACAGUCCAUGAGUUCUCAGAACACCAAUCAAACUGGAUCUUCGGUCCAAAUCAACCAACAUCAACACCAACCACAGCAGCAGGUUCAGCCUAAUGCCCUGUUCUCUACACAGUUGAAUGCAAUGCAGCACCUAAAGGAUCAACUUGAGCAGAGGACACGCAUGAUAGAGGCCAACAUUCAGAAACAGCAGGAGGAACUGAGACAGAUUCAUGAGCAACUGCAGAAAGUGCAGGGUCCGAGCACUCAGAUGAUAUUGCAGCAGUCGGGUGGUGGACUCAGCGUACAGUUGCCUCAAGUUGGAGGAGCACAGACUAACAUUUUAGGGGUUGGGGCACAGACUGGCGUCAUAGCUAUACAGGGCCAAAAUGUGACAAGUACAGCACACAGUGGGACUGUUCCACAGCAACAGGCUUCUCGUUCCCUUCAGCAGAAUCUACAGGGUUCUUCUGUUACACAGCAUGGUCCUGUAUAUAAUACCAUGAUGAUCAGCCAGCCUGCCAAUGCCAAUGUUGUGCAGAUACCAAGCAAUUUGGCUUCAAAAAUCAAUCAGGGCAAUGCAAUUAAACGGUUUCCUUCUGGGCAGCAGUUGGUCACCAAGAUUGUUACAGCUCCAAUGGCGUGUAAUGCUGUCAUGGUACCCACAACUAUGUUUAUGGGUCAGGUGGUGACGGCUUACAGCCCGUUUCCACAGCAACAAGGUCAGACACAGACCAUAGCACUGCAGACUCAGUCAGUUGCGCCUGCAGAACAACAGGCUCAAGCUACCUCAUUACAAACAAGUCAACAGCAGGGGGUGACGCAGCAGCCAACAAAACAGCAGCAACCAUUUUUACAGAACACACGCCUUCUCCAUGGCAACCAGCCUACACAACUGAUCCUUCAGGCUUUCCCUAUUCAGCAGCAAGGCACAUUUACUCCAUCACAGCAGCAGCAGCAGCAACUGAAACCACACACCCAAAAACAGCAGAAAACCUCUCGCCAGACUGACAGCACUAGUGCCCAGUCUCAGUAACAUCGAUAAGCACAGCCUGCUCACAUCAUCUCCUCUGGAUGUUUGUUAGUGCUGAACUCAUUUGAAAAAAAAAACAACCUUUCCUGGCAGCAUCUUGAAUGCUUUUCAGACUAGGAACUCCCUCAACAUGGCAGCUGCGAGGAACACAACACCACCAGAUGGACGCUGUGCUGGCAACCACACAGAAUGUCUCACCAGAGCAACAGGUGGUUGCCAAACUCAUUAUUUAUUUCAACAACAGAAAGUAUAGGAUUGCUAGCCUUUGCAUCGUCUUUGCCAAACAGCAAACCUCGUUCUCAGGCUUUCAUCGUAAACAGCCCAAAGAACUGAGUCUAUCUUUACAGUCUCGUGUACCAUACAGUGUAAAUACACAACCGUAAAGGAACAAAGCAAGAUAUUGAAUAUUUUAUAUGCUGCAUGAAGUGUAAACUUUCAUUUGUACUUCCAGUUUUGUUUUUUAAAGUAUUACCCUUAACGGUUUUAUAUUACGCGUAGAGUGAUGCUUUAUACUUUUAAUCGUUCCCUUAUAGUCUCUUUACGUAUAGUUAGGGUUCAUAAUAGAUUGUCCUUGAGGUUUUUUUUGAAGCAUUAGAAUUGUUUUAGAUUUUUUUGGGAGGGUGUAAUUAUUAUACCCCGAAUCUCUACAUCCAGAAAAAGUCUCAGUUUCAGUUUAUUUCUAAUUAUCAGUUUAUUUCUAAAGACGUUUAAUGCAGAAGAAUCAAAUUUGACAUUUGAAGUGCCAACAUUUUAAUUUGUAAAAAAAAAAAAAAAAACUAUUUCCAGUUUUUGAAUGUUGAUUUGCUUUUUAGCUGAGUCAUAAUAGUCCAGUAAAAAAGUUUUUGUGCACCUUUUCCCCGCUACAUAUAGCACUUAUUGUGUUUCUACACACUAAAAUAGUCCAUCCUUCUAGUAAUUGUGACCUAAUGGUUUAGUUUUUAUGUGCAUGGAUGGUACUUGUAUUUUUCAGAGAAUAAUACGCCAUAAAUAAGCUUUCGAUUCCUUUCAUAAAUGUUCUGCCUUAUGGCUUUGGGAACUAUGCAAGAAGCCACAUCUAAGGCAGAGUGUUUCUAAAUGUGUUAUUGAGGAUGGUCUGGAAUACUGUGGACCUUUAAUUCCCAUUUUCAGGAAAAAUAAUUAUUAUAUUGUACUCUUCCUUGUUUUAUUUCCAAAGUUGUAAUUUAAACCGAAGCAGCUGUAGAGUCUUAAAGUUAAGUGAUAUUCCUUUUAACUGCUUGAAUGUGUGAGUGAGAGAGAGAGUUUAAAAUGCAGGCUAUUAUAUCAAUAACAGUUUGUGACUCUUCCAGUAUCGCUGUGUGGGUUGCUACAGUGUGUAUUAACCUCAGCGAUGACCAAUCAGUUCUUGCGUUGCAGUAUCUCGGUAUUCUAGAUGUUUCCCCAUUUUAGCAAUAUACCUCAGAAAUGGAUUUAUAUAAGAAGUAUUGAAAGCAAUUUUAUUUUCAUAUGGCAAAAGACGUUCGUAUUAAAACAGUAUUGCUGUGUAUAGACCGGGAACACUGUUAGAAGACUUGUUAGAGCUGAAGGGUUUAUGGAAACUGAACAGAUUUUUAUAUUGUUGAGUUCUGGAAUGCCCCUAAAGUAGAUGUCCAGUCCAAUUCCUCUAAUUUGUCCUAUUUUCUUUUUUAGUUUUGUUGUGUGUUUCAUUUUGUUGUGCACUGAAACCCUCUAGUGUGUUAGUUGUUACUGUUGGAACUGAUUUUUCGUUGUGUGUACAAUCAUAAAUUACCCCCAAAAAAGCUACUGACUGGUUGAAGAGUGAAUUGAUUGGGACUUUAGAUGCCAUUCCUGGAUAUUUCAACCAUCUGUAUCCAAAAUGAACCUUUAUUGUGUACACUGUGUAUGCAACCAAAAGAAUGUGUGCUUCCAGAAAAUGAUGGUUAUUGUUUGUGGCCCUAGAAAUUUGAUUAGUGCUUCUGAUUUCUGAGUAGAUAAUCAGCGAGUUGAGUAAAUGAUAAAAUAAUAAAUCAUUAAAGGAGUAAAUGUGUGUAAAAGGUGUUACCAUAACCUUUUUAUUAUUAUUAUUUUGUUCAUACUGAAUUGCUGUGCACCAAAACCAUGUUAACAGGUCAUAUCACCUUCAAUGUGACUGAAUUUGUUGGAAUUGUCCUCAAAAAAAGAGAGAUUUUUCCCUUCAUAAUAUUAUAUCUUGAAAUAAAGAAAACAAUGUAAUUCA